AUGCCCGGGCCGUCGACGGCGCAAGAGAGGCCCCGCGCUCACCGGCUCACCGACAUCGAGUCCCAGACGAAGGGUAUGGGUGGUAAUCGGGCGGACGAUUUCGGCACGCCUGUCAGCUCCGGCAGCAACAUGAGCAGCAUCGCACGCUUUCCGAAACUCGACGAGUGCGCUCACUUUCACUACGAGCACGUGGAGCUUGGUACUCUGGAGGUGUCCGUCAACGAGGGCUCCAACGACUCGGAGAGCUACGCCGUGCGAAUAACAUCCGGCGACGCGUGCUGGACGCUGCAGAGAUCCUACGACAACUUCGUCAUGUUCGACAAGCAGCUGCACCGUUGCAUAUUCGACCGAAAGUUUUCCUCCUUAACGAAGCUUCCAGAUGUUCGGCCAAAAAAUGCCUGUGAUAUACUGAAGGAUUACUUGGGCCGGUUCUCGCAGCUGAAUCACGAGGGCCUGAAUUGCGGCCCGGUGUUAAAUUGGUUACAACUCGAUAAUAGGGGACGGAGGAUUCUGGUGCCGGAGUCGGAUUCCUGUCCUAUCAAUACCCCGGCCGUCGCCGCGGCGUACGCCGUCAGGCCUUACACCGCUCAAGCGCAGGAUGAGAUCUCCUUCCAGGUAGGCGACAUGAUAUCCGUUAUUGACAUGCCCCCUCCGGGGGAAAGCACGUGGUGGCGUGGAAAGCACGGGUUCGCGGUUGGAUUUUUUCCGGCCGAAUGCGUCGCCGUGAUCGGGGACAAGGUGCCGCGUCACUUGACGGUCUCGACGACGGUCAGGUCGAGGUUACCGGUGAAGCCCGUGCUGCGGAAACACGGCAAAUUAAUCGCCUUCUUUAGAUCUUUCAUACUAAAUCGCCCAUCUAGACGGAGAUUAAAGCAAUCGGGUAUACUGCGAGAGCGCGUGUUUGGCUGCGACUUGGGGGAACAUCUACUGAACUCUGGUCAAGACGUGCCUACCGUUUUGACGUGCUGCGCGGAAUUCAUAGAGAAACACGGUCUAGUCGACGGUAUAUAUCGCCUCAGUGGCGUGACGUCCAACAUACAAAAAUUGCGGAACGCCUUCGACGAGGAUAGGGUACCAGCGUUGCAUUCCGAUGAGAGUAUUCUGCAAGAUAUCCACUCCGUAGCGUCGUUAUUGAAGAUGUACUUUAGAGAGCUGCCGAAUCCGUUGUGCACCUACCAGCUCUACUCCACCUUUGUCAAUGCGGUUCAAGCCGGCAGCGACGCCGAGAGAUUGAGGCGUAUGAGGGACGCGGUCAGGAAGCUACCGCCGCCGCAUUACAGGACGCUGGAGUAUCUGAUGCGUCAUCUGGUGAGGGUGGCCGCGCGUGGCACGGAGACGGGUAUGACACCGCGCAACGUGGCUAUCGUCUGGGCGCCGAAUCUUCUGAGGUGCAAGGAGCUGGAGGUGGGCGGCGUGGCGGCGCUCCAGGGCGUUGGGGUCCAGGCGGUCGUGACGGAAUUUCUAGUCUGCUACGCGGAGCUAAUAUUCGGGGACGGCCCGGUCGGCAGACCGAAGUCCCUGGCGAUCACCACAUCCGCACGGUUGCUCACUUUAGAAGAGGCGCGCAACAGAAGCCUCAGAGGCGAGCCCGAUUACAUAGAAGUGGGGGCGGGUCCGGCCGGCCUGCCGUUGCGCUAUCACACGGUCAUCGAGCUGCCGCGCAAGCGAAACGGCUCGAAACGAUCGCCCUCCCUCAAUUGGCGGGCGCUGUUCGGCCGGGGCGCCGUCGGGAAAACGAGGCAAAUCGGCACGCCGCCACAAGCGGAAACGGUGCCGAGUUCCUUGAACUCCCUGCGACGACUGAGACCCGUCAAGAGCGCCGACAGCCUGGACGGCGAGGAUGGAUUGGGUCCCCUCCUGGGUGGGCCGCCUCCCAUCAGAACCUGCGGUCACAGCCGAUCGGUCUCGCACGACUCGUACUUCGACCACCUGGCCGACGCGCCCAGCGCGUCCUCGCCGUUGGAUCUCUCGGAGAUACAACUCAACUUUGAUCUCGAAGAGCGAGAGAUGCGGAUGCUUUCGGAGGAGGAAGGUGGCGGGAUGGCGUCGGUGGAGGCGUCGCCGCGCCGGCAGAGGACCGAGGGAAGUCAGUGCGCGGCCGCGAGCGGCGGAUCCAAGAGGAAACGAUCUCGUUUAGAAGAAAGACUGCACUGCGACGUCGAGUUGCGUUUCAUAGACAGCCAAAGUCCCGAUCAGGUAAUGGUGGCGACAAGCGCGGAUAUUCACAGUAUCGACACACCGUCUCCGUUACAAACGCCGGGCUACCUGCCAUUAUUGUCGGAAGCCUCCACGCCGUUGACGCCCGCCACGUUGCAGGGCACGUCUCACUCCACGUCGCCGGUACCGGCCAAUAGUCCCAGAAUAAGUUUCCGAAGUUUCACGUUGCCGUUAGAGAUUGGCGACGAGCGCGACGCGGGCGGUGCGAGUAAGUCGAAGGAGACCAGCGUGUCGUCUUCCGAAAAGUCGUCGGAUCCCAGCCAUAGAUUAUCCGUAAAUUUAGAAGAUCGGGACAAGAGAUUGGAGCCGUGCGAGAGGAUUGUCGCGUACGACGGGCGAGCGGAAUUGCACGGCGAGAGGAACGCGACCACGUCGCUUCCGCGCGCCGAAAGCCGCUGCGCGACUCAGUCGAGCGCGGUUGCCUCGAUUUUUCACGACACGGAGAUGACGUCGUGCGACAGCAGGUUGCCCUCUUCGCGCAUCGGGACCGCAUCUCGCAAGGACGUGACGGGCAGGCGGAGCGGUUUGCAUUCCGUGGAGAUCUCGUCUAAAUCGUACGAGAAGGAAGAGGCCGCGAAAGGAUGCGACAAGUCCGCCGAUCCGCCGAACAGUCUCUCCACCGAUUUACCGAGGUUGCCAUCCAGCACGACCGAUCUCGAUUCUCCGAUGUCGUGCGAGCAGACUCUGCAGGAGCUGCGGGAGUCCGGAUUCGUGAUUUGCGACAGCUCCGACAAGGUGUUCACCGGCGUGGAAAAUCCGCGCGCGACGGGCAGCAACAACGACUCUGGCGACUGGGUGAUCGUCGGCGGGACGACAGCCAAUUCCUUCGUGACGGCGAUCAGCGAGUCGAACAGUCCCAACGAUUCCUUCGUGGAGAGCAACGCGAAUCCGGCGUCGGAGAACGUCCCGGGGACGCUGCUGGAGCUCGCGCUGCCGCCGACCGCGGACGCGUUCUGCAUGGGAGUCGACAACUCGGCGAGAAGUCGUAUGUCGACGCGGGAGAGCGAGGAGAUGCUCGACGUUACCGACACGAAGAAGUACGCGAGUCGCGGCCACGAGGCCGAUCCGCAGGCGAGUUACGGUCUCGUAAGCGAGGAUACGCUCACGGACGACGUUCAGUCUCGGCUGCGCGACCGGGAGAACGGCAAUCGGUGCUCGUGCACGACGGACAUCAACUCGGGCCAGGAGUCGAACGCGAGGGAGCAGCAGCAGGUUCGCGCGUGUUACAUCGAGGCGGACAACGCGAACGUGUUUGGUACAAAUCGGAACGAGGUGCGCGACAACAAGGAGCUGUUCGGCGAGACGGACACCUUCGAGAACUAUCGCCGUCUGUCGAGAGACACGAGCGCGCAGCAACGGGAUUGCAACACCACCCACGUCACGAAUCAUCCGCGAUUUUCGAGCAAACCCGAGGACGACCAUGGGACGAGGGACGUGACGCGGGGGGACGAUUGUGACAACGACCGUUGUACGAACGGACUGUCAAAGAAGUGCCAAAGUUUCGGAUACAAUAAUUCGCAGCAAAAGCAGCAGAGCAAUACGCAGCAGAUGCGCAAAUGCGCUUCCAAACGUGGCGGCGGCGACGACGGUGGUCACAAGUGCACCAGCCUGCAAGCCAGCCAGAAACGAGGUAACAUCGAGGUGAGGAUCCCCUCGGAGAACGCGGCCGAGCCGUGCGAGGUGGCGCACGCCCCGGAGGGGGCGUCCGAGCUGAUGGAACGGACGUUGGACACGUCGACGAGCGCAUUCCCGUCGUCCCCGGCCGUUGUUGACGAUGACAACGCGGUGGUGGUUCUUCCGCCGCGCGACACCGCGGCGAUCCUGCAGGAGCUGGCGCUACAGAGACUGUCCGGCGGCGCCGUGGGUGACGCGUCUGCGCCCGCGCCCGCGAGACGGAAAUACGAGAGCGAGACGAGCUUCAGGGAGCGGAGGAGCUUCGACUCGGAGAUCGGCAGGGAGAUCGUCCGCGAGAGCAAGAUGAGGCAGGAGCUGGACAACGCAAGGGGCAAGUCCGAGGAGCCGUCGUCGCAGCAGCAGCAGCAGCACUUGCCGCCUUGCCUGCGGGCGCGCCACGCGAGAGCGACCCGGGCGGCGCUGAGCCGCUCGCUGGACGAGGCCAAGUUCAAUCGGAUGACAUCGGGUGACAUCGCGCUGUCGGUGAAGCUGUCGACGCCCGACGACGCGCAGCACUGCUCGACGCCCAAUGUCGGCAGCAGCUCCGGCACCUGCUCGAGCGCCGCCGAGAAGAUCCAGCUGAGGAACCUCGGCGGCCUGGACCUGGGGGACCCGCAGUGUCGGGAGAGAAUCGAAAAGUACAAAGAGGAGAGGCGGACGUUCUUGAGGGACAAGUAUCGGUCGGAGAGUUUCCGCGGGGUCUCGUCGAAAACGGAGGAUGACGGCGAGCAGGCGUUACUGACCAGGUUGAAACAGAGAGCCUCGAGGCCGUCUCUUCAUUGAUGAAAGCCGGUCUUCGUAAGACCGGGAAAAAAAGAGAGAGAGAGAGGGAGAGGGAGCGCGAGCUCGCGUCCUCUCCGGUAGUAUAAAUAAGUUCUUUUGAGCAGUUUAACGCGCAAAUGCGAUAUCUAUUAGCUACCUGCUAUCAUAGAACAAGUGCAAACAACACGUUUACGUAGCGGCGGCUGUGUCGAAUUUUAAUCAAUCUUGUACGACCAAAAAUUUUAUCAACCUUGUUCUUAACGCCAACGUUCUGCUUUCGUUUUUCGAAAUAUAAAAAAUAGGUCAACUAAUUGGAGAUAGGGCGGGACGUAUCGAGCAAAUCGUAUAUCUGUAAUACGGUAAUAAUAGAGAAUGGCGUGUUUAUCUCUUAAAUUACAUAACUCUUACGGCUAUAUAUUUUUAUUGAAUUGAUAUUCGAUAUCCCCAGGUAUGUACGCUAACUUGGGCUUAUUUGUACUACUCACGGGCGAGUGCCGUGUGUUGGCAUUCGACGACAUAAUUAUUUAUGUAAUUCUGCCAAACGCUCUUUUUUCACUAGGUCUCCACUGAACCGCUUUCACUUGAAUCUCCGCCGGGUUCUAAGCCGUGGCGCAUAACGAAGGUCGCGAUUGAUAAUGAAGGUGAAUUACGGCGAGGAUGAUUAAAAAAAAAAAAAAAUACGAAGUUGCGCGAUCCAUGACUCAUCUUCGAUAUCGUCGAUCGCCAUUGUUAGCUGAAUUGUACGAACGCUUUUAAAGCUCAUUAUUAAUUUAUUACGGACUCGAA